CACGGAAAAUAUAAUAACAAUUGGUAUCGACUGGUAGAACUUAGCUAUCAUAUCAUAUCAUAUCAUAUCAUAUCAUAUCAUCGUAUCGUACGUCAUAUUGUAUCAUACAAUUUUAUCUCAUCAGCAACGCAACAUGAUAUUAAAUCGGGUAUCUAAUGGCAUAUACCUGAGGUAUAGGCAGCAAAGUCGACUAUCAUUCUAUGCUGCAUCACUGUCAAGGGCUCGCUAUAGCAGCACACUCCAACGUAAUGCCAACACUGCAGACCCACAACCCAAUCAUGUGGCAGUUCAAAAUCACAUCGUGGAGCUGAAGAGCCAGCCAUUGGAAAAGAUCGAUGUGCACCAGUUGCUAUCAUUCGACAAGAUUGACACCGAGGAGUAUCGAACUACGAACGCGCAGUAUUUGCAACGCACUCUGCCGAUGCGAAUGGCCCACCGAGUCCAUGACUUCCAGUUACUGCCGUUCAUUGUUGGGUGCAAUCCAGCCAUCAAGUCUGUGUACGAGUUGCAGGUGCACAACUUUGAUCUGCUGCGACGGUUCCCAGAGAUCACAACAAUUGGCGAAGAAAAGGAAUUCCUGCACAUGAUCACCGAUCUACUGAAUCAGAACUCCGAUGUGGUCAAUACUCUGGCGCGAGGGUUUGGGCAGUGCAAGCACCACAUGCCGAAAGAUCAACUCACCCGCGUAAGUGAUAGGCGCUGA